AUGGCUGCUACUAUACUCGCUGCUACUCCUACUGUGACUAGGCAGCGAACGGGUGGAGGCCAGAGGGAAGGAAUAGAGGCCUCAGCACAAGGAGAAGAGGCCACUGAGGAGGGUUAUUGUAGAGGCUCUACCAAAGAACUCAUAGUUUACGUGGAGCCUCGUAGGGAGUCGGAGCUUUAUAGGAGACUGGACGAGGCUAGAAAGGAGACGACUGCUACACUGAACUACAUAGACUAG